AUGUUAUUUGUGACCCUCCUGCGGCUUCUUGCCAUCGUCUACGACAUCGUCACCUUGCCGAUUUACAUAAUCGUACAGAGGCCAUGGAUUCAAGCAGGACCACUGACCAACAAAAGGGAUGCGCCUGUGGUUCGAUACACGCCGGAUAUCACGAGGUCACACUUUAGGGGACGGGAAACAAUUGACGCACUCUUCAGAUAUGCUGUGGAGAAGCACGCUGACAAGCCGUGCUUUGGAACACGCGUUUGCAAGAAAGAGAAAUACGAAGUGAUCGAUGGCAAACGAAUGGUCAAGUACGAUUUGGGCGAAUACCGUUGGAAAUCGUACAAGGAGGUCCACACCAUCGUGGAGGCGCUGGCGAGAGGUCUCACUACGCUCGGCCAACUGCCCUACUCCCGCGUCGUCAUCUUCGCAGACACACGCGAAGAGUGGAUGCUCAUGGCGCUCGCCUGCUUCCGGAGGGCCAUAAUCGUGUGCACCAUCUACGCUACACUGGGCGACGAAGGACUUGUUCACGGCAUAAACGAAACUGAAGUCAAAACCGUAAUUACCUCGGAAGAACUGCUUUCAAGGCUGACGAGGCUGAUCCCAAGGCUGCCCAAUGUGACCCACAUCGUGUACAUGCCAGCGAGGGGCACUACCCAGCCACCGCCGGCCAUGGGUUCGGCCACGGUGCUGCCCUACCAGUCGCUCAUAAAUGCCAAGCCUCCACAGGAGAUGCCACCCGUUACGCCAACGGCUCAAGACACUGUAAUAAUUAUGUACACCAGCGGCUCAACAGGAGCGCCUAAAGGGGUCAUUUUGACAAACGGCAACGUGGUCGCCUUCAUCCUGGGAAUAGCCAGCGUAUUACGAGAGUUCUCGAGCGGUGACACAUUCAUUGGGUUUCUACCGCUUGCUCACGUGAUGGAAGUUGCUGUCGAGACUGCAUUUAUGUCGCUGGGCGUAAAGAUUGGUUACUCAAGUCCCUUCACGCUUACUGAUCAGGGCACCGCGUUAUUGCCUGGAGUCAUUGGAGAUGCUACUUUGCUCAAGCCAACCUGUAUGAUUGCUGUUCCGCUGCUGCUGAAUCGAAUCCGCAAGGCCAUUGAGCUGGCUUUGUCGCAAAAGGGCUGCCUGGCGCAGGGACUGUUCGCCUUCGCCCUGCCCUACAAAUCUUACUGGAGGAAGAAAGGCUUCAGCACGCCCAUUCUGAAUCGAAUCGUGUUCUGGAACACCAAGCACAUCCUCGGUGGUCACCUGAGGGCCGUCGUGUGCGGCUCUGCCCCGCUGUCCGAUGACACGCAAGAGUUCCUUGCCAAUUGCCUUGACUGCCCCGUGCUCCAGGGAUACGGCCUCACCGAGACCACGGCAGGAGCUACGCUGCAAGACCAAUGGGACCUCGCUGUUGGCGUGGCUGGCCCUCCAUUGAACGGGAUACAAAUAAAAUUGGUUGACUGGGAUGAAGGCGGCUACCACGUGAGUGACCGGCCGUACCCGCGAGGCGAAGUGGUCAUCGGAGGCCCCACUGUGGCGGCCGGCUACUACAAGAGGCCGGAGCUGACUGCGGAAAGCUUCAAGGAGGAUGGCCAGCUGCGCUGGUUCUACACCGGUGACAUUGGCGAGUUCUUACCGAAAGGCCUGCUUCGGAUUAUCGACCGCAAGAAGGACCUGGUCAAGUUGCAGUUCGGCGAGUACGUGUCCCUUGGCAAGGUUGAAACGACGCUCAAGACGCAUCCGCUGGUUGACAAUGUCUGCGUGUACGGAAGCUCGCUGAGCACGUUCGUCGUCGCCCUGAUCCAACCGAAUGAGGCAGCUCUGAAGCAAACAGCGAAGUCCCUCUCCAUUCCCGAGAACCAAAGCUUGGCACAGCUUUGCGAAAACCCCAUUUUGCACAAUGCCGUAGCCAACGAACUUUCAGCUUACUGCACUAAAAGUGGCCUCGUAAAGUACGAAGUCCCACUCAAGUACAAGCUCUGCAAGGAGGUGUGGACGCCCGAAAUGGAGUUGGUGACGGCUGCGCUCAAGAUCCGACGAAUCCAGAUCCAAAAGUUCUACCUCAACGACAUCCACAAGAUGUAUCAUGGAGUGUCUAAUACGGGCUCUGCAUCGGAGCUGCCGACCCCAAGGCUCGUUAGCGGCGCAGCAACUCCUACAGAGCAAAAUGAGAAGAAAGCCGCAGAUGCGCGAGCUGCACAAGCCGACAAGUAGCAACGGCAUCGCCACGUCGGCGAAAACCUAGGCGGCUGAAGACGGCGCGCAGCUCGGCUCGUCAGCGAGCCUCCUAGCCCCUCACCGUGCCAUGUUUGACGCAUGGUGUGCACUUACCUGGACCUUCACGCCGCAAUAGCCUGUUAUUCAAGAGAUACUUUAGUGCGGCUUAAAAGCAGGCAGCUGUAGCACACGUCGCC